GGAGGGUGGCGGGUUCUCUGUGGCGCCGGGCUAAGGGAGACGCUGAAAGGUGGCGGCUCUUGGCUUUUCGGGCCUCGCCUGGCGGGUUCCUUGCGCGGUGGAGGUGGCCGCGGCUUCACCCUGAGGUGACGAACGCCCCUGGAGACCGGCCUGUGGCUGACGCCCCUGGGGACCGGCCUGGGGCUGAGCUGUGUGUCCUUUGCUGGCUUCUAAAGGCCCUUUCCUUGUGCUGUAGAUUUUGAUACUGAAAAUGCUGGUGGAUAAAAUCUCUUCGUGGCGAAAAGGAAGAUCCCGGGUUGUUAAUAAUGAGUGCUGAGGUUUCUGAAGGUGUGUUCAGAAUGAAUAAGUCCUGACUGGUAUUUAGACAGAAUGGAAUCUCUGACUUCCUCCUCAAAUGUAGUAGAUAUGAUUCUGAAGAUAACUUCCAUAGAUUGCCAUCCUGAGUGCUUGAUUAUAGUGUUCCAGGGUCAGUACAAAGGAGUAUGUGAGCUUGACUAUUUUGUGCUACAAAGUGAAAUACAACGGGUAUUCAAAGUAAAAGAAAAUGUUUGCAUUGGUGGAUAUUGUUUGGUGGAAGACACAGAAGGAAAUUGGCAUAGAGGAAGAGUUUUGGAAAAGAGAGAGGGUAUCUGUAAAGCUUUUCUUAUAGACACUGCACGAGUGCUGGUGGUUGAGGAAAUGCAUCUUGCUUCUGCAUGUGAUGAAUUGUUUCAGCUGCCUCCAAAGGUGGUUUUGGGUGUUUUUGCAAGCAUACUUCCUCUUGGAGAAAAAUGGAGUCCAAAAGCCAUUAACUAUUUUUCAUCUCUGGUGGGAUUACAGAUUACAGGUCAUGUGAAAGCUGUUCUACCAUGCCAACUAUUUAUUCUAGAAGUGCCAAAGAUAAUUAAUGAUGUUCUUGAACUGCAGUUAGGAAAAUGUAUUGAUGGGGAUUCAUUUUGUCUUAUUGUAGAAACUUUAAUAGCGUUUCCCCAAGUAAUGCUUUGUAAGAGAGUACCACAACUGUUGCAACAGAAGUAUCCGGUCAAAGAGUUGCUUACUUUCAGGAAUUCUGAGAAACCAACAGAUUUUUGGUCUGUUCCAGAUGGUCUCUUUCCAUAUCUGUCUGUUGGCACUGAAGAAAAUGUGAAAAUAACUGUUGCCUUAAGCCCAAGUAAAUUUUACUGUCAGGUACAAAAAUGGCAGAAAGAGCUGGAAGAUUUGACAGGAGCUAUGCAUUUGUACUAUGAAGCUAUCCAAACAGAAAAUAAUAAAUCUUUUAAUAGUUUAGGGCUACUCUGUGCUGCCAAAAGGCAAAAUGGACAGUGGCAUAGAGGAGUGAUAAAACAGCUUCUCUCUGACUGUGUGGAAGUGUGGUUUAUGGAUUUUGGCAAUAUUGAAGCUGUGCCAUAUAGUUGUGUUCAGAAGCUUAAAGCAGAGUUCAUGGCAUUACCAAUGAUUUCGUUUCCAUGUGCGCUGUCUUGUUUUGAUAGUCGGGAUGAGACAGUAAUAAAAAUUCAGCUGAAAGAACUUACACGGGCCUUGAUAGGACAAACUUCUGUGUAUGUUCGUGUUGAUUUAUACAAUGACAUUAAACGCUUGUAUUAUAUUACGCUGCAAAAUCAAAGUAUUGGAACUAAUGCUAAGCAUCCAGAAAACAUGAAUGAGGCAGCUGCAUCAUUUGUCUCGCUUUCAGAAUCAAAAAUCACAAAUAUUGCUGUGAACUACAAACCACAUGAUGAGAGAUACAAUUCAUUUAGGAAUUGUGCUGGAAAUAAACAUACAAAAAAAUGCCUAUCUGAAUGGGAUGUUUCUUCGUCAAGCCACUGCAAAAGAGUAGAAAUGCGAAGGAAUUCUUUUCAUAUUGCUUUUGUGGUAUAUGUCGCAAAUCCAUCGAACUUCUGGAUUCAAACACGUGAAUAUCAGAGUGAAUUUCAAGCCUUGUUGAAAAAUAUUGCACGUGCAUAUAAUGGAUGUGGAGCUGAUGAAAUGGUCCUUAAAAACCCAGAGCCUGGAUUGCUCUGCUGUGCCCGGUAUAGCAAAGACAUGAAUUAUUACCGGGCUGUUGUCAUUGAAGUACUUAAUGUAAACAUUACUGUUUAUUUUUUGGACUUUGGAAAUACAGAUACAGUACCCUAUUACGAUGUGAAAACAUUGCUUCCUGGGUUUUCUGAUUUACCAGCUUUAGCCAUGUGUUGUACGCUUGCUCGCACAUUUCCUGUUGAACAUGUGUGGGUUAAAAAGGAAACUGAUUUCUUUAAAAACAUUGUGUUUAACAGACCACUAAUACUUCAUGCCAUUGCACAGCAACAGAAUAAGUACAUUGUUAACAUGUGGUAUAACAAUGGUUUUGGGCGAAGAAGGAUGGUUGCCAGAAGCAUGGUUGAAGCUGGAUGCGCUGAAUACUGGGAAAAGAUACCAGGUUCUGUUCUAUGUCGGCGAAGAAAAAGGCAGCUUUUGAAUCCACUCAAACUAAAAAAGGAAAAAGUAAAUGCACAGAGCAUUGCUAAUGUUUGUAAAAAUAAGGUAUCUGGAAAUGGAGAGAGAUUUCAGAAGGAGAAAUCACUAGGUGCGCCUUCAGUAUUGAGAGAUGUUGUGCAGUCCCACUUUGGAAAAGGUGCUGUUCCUAAAAGGUGUACUUCGGUAUGUGAGAAAAAAUUAUUUUAUAAAGAGUUUGUGUUUGAACCAGGAGCUAUUUUUGAAGUGGUGUGUUCAUACUUUGUUUCCCCAGCAGAUUUUUCAUGUCAGUUGCAAAGCAAACUGCCAGAGCUAAAUAAAUUAAUGGAACAAAUUCAAACUUACUAUGAAGCACAUGUUAGUCCUUAUGAAAGUGGACAGGUUGCUUGUAUUGUUAAACGUCCCAAAGAUGGGAAGUGGUACAGAGCAGCUGUCAUGCGACAGGUACCCCCAAACAAAGUUGAUGUGGUUUUUGUAGACUAUGGAUAUCGGGAUAGAGUUGUACUUGAAGAUCUUCAAGGUAUUCUUCCAGACUUCCUAGCUCUGGAAAGCCAAGCAUUUCGAUGUGCACUUAAAAAUGUGCCCUUACAGAUUGACUCAUUUAAUUGGUCUGAAGAAGUGCAUAGACAUUUUGAAGACUUCAUUUCUGCUUCUAGAGGACCACUGACUUGCAUCAUUUAUGCUCUUGUUCUUGUAAGGCCCAAGUCUUUAUACAAUAUAGUUGACUUACAGACUCCAUUUACUAGUGCAGAGGAAUUACUUAGAGAACAUAAUCUGAACCAUUCUGAAUAUGUUUGUCUGAGAAACUUUGCAUCUGUAGGUUCACUGUACAGUUUUUGGUACUCUUCUUUUAAUAUAAAAGUUGGAAGUGAGGAGGACGUUUAUAUAACUCACAUAUGUAGCCCUUCAGAAUUCUAUUGCCAGCUUAAUCGAAACACUGAAACUCUAGAGGCAUUGAGGAAGAAGAUUAGUGUCAUAAGUAAAUUGUCUAAUAAUGGAAAAUAUGACACUAGCAGUACACGAUUGUUUAUAGCCAAAUAUUUUAGAGAUGGUCUCUUUUACAGAGCUUUGGCUUCAGAAUCAGCAUCCUGUUUAUAUGCUAACUUUGUGGACUUUGGAAAUAAGACUCUGGUAGAGAGAGAUCAGUUGAUGCCGAUUCCAAACUCUGCCACUGACCUAAUAUUCACGCCCAUGCAAGCUAUUAAAUGCUGUCUGUCAGAUUUUAGGGAGACAAAAAUUACAGUGAGAGUUACUAGAUGGUUUGAGGAAACAUUUCUUGGUAAACUACUAAAGGCUGUGAUUGUAUCCAGAGAGUCAGAUGGACCAGUUGUUGUGGAAUUGUAUGAUGGACAGCGCAAAGUAAGUCAGGAAAUUAAAGAAAAAGUAUUGGAAGAAGUGGGACUGAAAAAUCGUGGGGAAUCAUUUACUGGAAGUAAUGGAGGAGCAAUGUGUAACAUGGGAGGUGACAAAGGAAUUAAUACAGUAACUGUUAAGAAUCCUGAAGGAGUUAAAUGGAAAAGUGAAGAAAAGUGCCAUGUGUGUGAGAAUUUUGAAGAUUACGAUCAAACUGCAUGUAGCGCACCAGAGUUGUGUAGCGAGUCUUCAAAGCAGCUAACUUUACAGGACAGUGAAGAACUAGAUUUUAGAAAUACUGUUGCUGUCCAAUGGCACAAAGACCAAUCUCUGACUGGAGAGCCUGUUUCUCCAUCGCUCUGUCAUCCUGCUUUAAAUUCAAAGGAAGUAACUGUCAGCGCUCUCUCUGAACCUCAUAACGGUAGUCUAAAUUAUACAGGUCAGCAGAAAAGGCGUAAUGAAAAGAUACCUAAAUCAAUCAGUCUUCCUCAACGUGAUAUUUGGGUGAAUUCUGAAGUAGCAGGGUAUAUUUCUCAUAUUAAUAGUCUAUCAAGUUUCUGUAUUCAGCUUGCAGAGGAUGAGAAUUUAAUAACACAAUUAGCAGAACAAUUAAAUGAAAGUAUGGUGAAUAUAGGUAAUGACAUUUGCUUGGAUGAGCUCAUGGUAGGGGAUCUUGCUGUAGCAGAGCAUGAUGCUGACUGUUUUUACUACAGAGCAGUUGUUAAAACUCUGAAAUUGGGCAGCUCCUUUGAGGUGGAGUUCAUUGACUAUGGUGAUGCAGCAGUCGUAAGUUCUUCAAAAAUCUACCAGAUUCAGAAGAAGUUUUUGACUUUGCCAAGGCUCAGUGUUCAUUGUUUCCUUAGCAGAGGAAAAAGUGUACCUGAUGAAAACUGGACUGAAAAAAGUACUUCCUAUUUUGUAAGCAAUAUAAAUAACAGACCAGUUGCUUGCAAGUUCUUACAGCAACAUGGAGAGCAGUGGGAAAUAGAUGUAAUUUGUGAUGGAGAGUCUAUGUCUAAUGACCUUCUGCAGAGAAAAGUCAGGACAGGGUGGCAAAACACACUAAAGCAUUAUCAGGGAGAUAGGCCAAAACAAAUUCUGGUUACAAACGGUAAUCCUCAAGACAGAAGGUCUAAAAAUUAUUUAGGUGGUCAAAGUGAAUCUGAGGCUGUUGUGGUGAAAAAUACUUCCAAAACACCCAUACAUGUCCUUCCUCAAGAUCUAAGUUCUGGACAGGUGGAAGGAGCAGAAGCAAUUAAUAUUUCAGAGAAUGGAGAAUUUCAUGUGCAAUUACUUAGAAAACUGCAAAUAUUGCGUGUGUUAAAUGUAAUGCUUGUAAGAGAGGCACAGGGAAGUCAUUUGCUUGGAGUGAAUGACAUUGAAGAAGGAUUGGAAUGCAUGGUAAAAUCUGAAAGGAGCUUAAAGUGGUAUCGAUCAAAAGUGAUAAAGAAAUUUGGCAGGGAGAAGUUAAUGCUAUUUUUUUUCAUGGAUUAUGGCAAGUAUGAGAUGAUGUCCUUAAAUAAUGCAAAGAUGCUCAGUGACAAGAUUAAAAGUAUUCCUGAACAAGCUGUGCUCUGUAAAUGGAUUCGGUUUAAAAAACUGAAAAAAAUUCAAUUUGUCCAUGUUGUAAAUGCUCUACUAAAUCAUGAAAUAAGGAUCUUGUUUUUGAGAUAUGUAGAAUCCUCUCAUAUCUGGGAAAUAGAUAUUAUUGUAGGGGGCAUUCUGUUUCAGGAGUGUUUGAACCAGCUCUUAAGUCACUGUCAGACUAUUGUUGGACCAGAAAAAUCGAAUAAUACACACUGUAAGGAGUUUGAUAUAUCACUCAAGAUAAAUCCAAUCACGUGGUCACUCCUGUGGACUUCCUGUAGAAGAUAUCCUGGAUUUGCAACUGCGGUUACUGAUCCUUCAAACUUCUGCAUCCAGUUUGAAGUCUUAUUUGACUGCAUGAAAAACUUGUCUUUACUGUUCUCUGACCUUCCCGACGACUUGCCAGCUUUGCCAGAAGAGUUUGUUGCUCCUGGUGCUAGAUGCUUGAUCAAGUUUGGACUGGAAGCACAGUGGAACAGGGCAGUGAUCAGUGAAGUAACAAGUCAGUCUGUUGUUCUUACGUUUAUUGAUUAUGGCUUUCUGAAAAGCAUUCCUUACUCUGAUAUCCAUAGACUUAAAGUUAUUUCAGAAAGUCUGUCCUACUUACUGUGCUUGGCACACUCUUGUUCUUUACAUGAUACAAUUCCUGCCAAUGGGGAAUACUGGAGUGAUGAAGCUAAACUUCUGUUUCAAAUGCUUCUCAGUAAACCAGGUUUGAUAUUUCAUCUUGAACACUACGGCUUUGACCUGAAAUUAGAGGUGGAUGUUCUAUACGAGGACAAGAGUCUCUCUCAUGCCUCAAUUGCUGUUGGCCAUGCAGUCUCCUCUGGAAGUAAGUGCUGCCUUAUUCCAGUUGUCAGAAUUAAGUCAGAAAAAACAGAUUUGUAGCCUGAGUGUCCAAAUUCUAGUUAAGUGUGUUUCCCUUUGUGAACCAGAUUAUAAUUAUGACUAAAAUUCUUAUUUUUGCUGACAGAAAUAAAGCAAAGAAGUGAAACAAAGUGACGCAUAGGACUAUCUGUUACAAAGUUUCAGAUAAGGAAGUUUGCCAAGGUGGAUUUUGGAAUAUCAUUAACAAAGGAUCUGAGGUCAUGUAACAUUGAAGGAAAAGCAAAUCUGCAAAAGAUGGAGAAUACUGUGGAGAAGUUUACUUUUUAGCAUUGUGAUGACAAGAAAAGUGAAAUUGACUUAAUACAGAGUAAAUCUGCCUGAGAAGUACUGGUUGAGACUUGUGAUUAUGAUGAUCCCCAGUCCAGAAAGUCAGUGCGAAGAUAAUAUCAAAAGCAUUAUUUGAAUAAUAAGUAGACUGCAGUUAGGAAAAUACUUCAGUGCAUUAAAAAAAGACACAGAUACUGCUUUUGUUAUAUUCUUUUUUUCUUCCAAGAUGUCUUGUUAUAUUUAUUUAGAUGAUAAUGUUUCUGGCAGAGCUUUCUGUUGAAACACUUUUCCAAUAUAUGUGUGUAUAUAAAGAAAGCUUUAUUUGUAGUAACAUCUGCUUUACAGUAGUGUUGUCUCCUUGGUUUGGAUGCCUCGAAAACAAAGAUGCCAAGCAAGCAUAUUCUUCUGUUUCUAAUUCCAAAGUUUUGGUGUGAGUAUCUUUUUUCCUCAUUUUAGGAGAAAGUCUUCUAACACUAAGCCAAAAAACAUGGAUUCUGUUUUACGGAAGAUGCAUCCAUUAAGUUGUUUUCAGUUAGCGCUUGGUGUAAAGAUGCAAUUGAUCUGGCUCAAGGUUCUCUAUAGUCCGUGUCAGAGUUGUAUUACAGUUGGGUAGUUCUCCCUACUGAGAAUGCUUGUUCGGCUGAUCUCUGCUCCAUCCUCUACACUAUCUGUCAGAAUGAAGAGAAGUAGUUUUCUAUGACUUUGUGUCUUGAAGGGAAACGUUCAGAGCCUUUUCCCUUUUCCUCUUUGUAGGAGGAGAAAUUUCAGGAGGACUGAAAAGUGAGGCUAUGCUGUAUAUAUCUUAGAGUUUUUUUACAGUAAUCAUUCUAAAAUUAUGAUAGUGCGUCAUGUUUCUCAGAUUUAUUUAUUUUUUAAUUUAUUUAGUUUACCUUGUCUCUUCCUUAGUUCUUUGGACAAAGAUAAGGCCUGAAUUGUGAGGGUUUGGGUUCCUUUUGUAUGCCAUGUUUGAAUUUAAAUAAAGAACGACAGACUUUUGACAUCUCUAUAUGGAGAUAAGAUCUAAGAAUACUCUUGCUGCCUGCUGCUUCUAGCUGGAUGUCGUGAUGUAUUAAAUUCCUGUGGAAACUUGAAAGCUUUAUCAACAGGUUUUUUUAAAGGACAGAUGUAUCCAGCAAAUUAGAAUGAGUAAGAGAUAAGACAGUGCCAGGUGAUCUUUGCAGAGUUAGCUCUGCUGGUGAAUUAUUCAAAUGUAAUCAAAUAUUUUCAAUAUAGAAGUGACAGAUGCUGAUUAGUAACAAAUUGGAAAAUGCAUAAGAUAAAAUUUCUUAUGUAAAUACUAGCUACAGUAUCAGAAGUUAUGUUAAUGUAUUGGUUAAACAGAGGGAUUUUUGUAACUAUUUGUGAUCAUUAACUAUUUAUGUGGUGCAAUUUCAUUAUAUUAUAGCAGGAUUUGGAGUUUUUCAUAGUUACAAUUACAAGAUUACCUGGCAUCUUUGUCAAUAGCUUGACGUACCGCUUGCUCUUGUGGUAAGAUGUAAAGUUUGCAUUGUUCAACAUUAGUCGAUGUUGAGUAAUAACAUCUACUCCACUGAGCUGUAUUAAUUGCAGAGGCACUGAGUAUUACUUGGCACCACACGAUAAUUUAGAAGUUAAUUCUAAUUCAAACUUCUCGUUCGGUUGGAAGAGCAGGUGCUUGGGUGUCUUUAAAAAAAGAUCAUUUGAGUACCCUAAAUGCCAGCAGUGUUGUAGUAGUGAUAGUACAACCUUGCAUGUUUUCAGUUAGAUGUUUGCUGAUGUGAAGGAUGGUAUGCUUUAAUGUGCGUGUAGUUGUAGAAGACUGCUUACCUAAUGUUACAAAAUAGGGCCUAGACAUGGUUAAUGAUUUAAAUUAAAUGUCUGUCUACUAUUUUUGUGUUCUGCCAAUUGAAAAUUUAGCUUUAUUUGCAAGAAUGUGUUUUCUUUUCUACUUACUAUGAGUCUAGCUUGUGAUAGUAAAUCCUUUUCUGCAGAUCUGAUAACUAAAAUUCUUAAGCUUAAAACUAGGUAAUUACAAGUAUUUUCAGGGUUAUACUGUGCCUGUAAAUAUAGAGAGUGUCUCUUGUUGCCAUUAUUGAUAUAGAGUUUCAGAAGUGCAUAUGUUAAGAUUGUUAGGCCAAGUUGCUGGCCUGUCUAGCUAUGGAUUUUAUUUGCAUUUGUCUGUCAUUGGUGUGUACUUCCCUUGCCCCCAUUCUCAGCUGUAAUAGCAUUUUUCUUUUAAAUGUGAAAGGCUCUACUUGUAAUCUAGUUGAAAGAAAUUAAUUUAUGUAGGCUUUGGAAGCUUAGGUGUGUUAUCCUAUCUGUUUUUGGGCAAGCAUAAUUAUGAACAAAACUGCUAAUUUAUUUUGAUGAAAUUUACUUGGAAACUACUGUUUUGUUUGGUUGCAUUUCCUAAAUGUAUUUCUGUAUU